AUGCACCGAUGCCGGGAUUCUCUUUUUCUGCAAAGCCACAGGUACCGAGCGAGAUCGGGCAUUCUCGUAGACGCUGACGAAUCAAGGCGCCGCCGAGGCAACGACGAGAAACAUUUGCCAGGCCGCCUGGAGCCUCGGCUUGUCUGGGUCCACACCGCGUCCACCCUGGGCCAAAGGCAUGGCGCUGACACGGGCACUGCACUGGCCACUGCACUGGCCACUGGCAGGCCCACAUGCCAUGCUCUCGUCCCGCUUGCUUCCACUGUGCUUCCAGCUCGUAUGAGCCACGAGUCUCGUCUUCCGCCCAAGACGUUGCUGCUCCCUGCUCCCGUCGUUGUCAACGCCUCGUUGCUCAGCAGCUAG